CGGAAAGUGGAUACGUUUUUCCCGCUGCUCUACCGAGACCUCACCAUUUCCAAUUAUUUUCAGCCAAGAAAUUCGCUACAGGAAAUCCGUUCCAGAUCUAUCCAGCCUACCAUGUCUGAACCAGGUUCUGGUUGUGGUGUUCCAGCCCAGAGAAGCUCACAGCAGGGUCCAGAGUUGCUGUCAGUGAAGCUGGGGUACUGCAGUCAAACAGUGGAACUCAAUGUGAUUGUCAAGGAGGAGGGCGAGGAGAGAGAAAUCAAUGAGCGGGAGGAGGAAGAGCGAGAGGAGGACAGGGCCUCUUUUGACUCAGGAGAGAUCCCCAACCCAGACUCAGUCAACGAGCCCAGUUCCACAGCUUCAAGUCUGCCUGGUUGUGGGAGUUACCCCUGUCCUCAAUGUGGGAAGUGUUUCAGUCGAGCAGGAGACCUGAAGACUCAUCAGAGAUCCCACAGUGGAGAGAAGCCUACCUGUACUCUCAAUGUGAUUGUCAAAGAGGAGGACGGUGACUGUACUCUCAAUGUGAUUGUCAAAGAGGAGGAGGAUGAGAAGGAAAAGAGAGGAGUUGAGGAAGAGAAGGAAACUAGUGGUAUAGUUGACCCAGAUACAUCAAGACUUCGUGGUCGUUACCCUUGUCCUCAAUGUGGAAAGAGUUUCAGUUCCUCAGGUAAUCUAAAGAAUCAUCAAAGAGUUCACAAUGGAGAGAAACCUUACCACUGCUCUCAAUGUGGAAAGGGUUUCAGUCGAGCAGGAGACCUGAAGACUCAUCAGAAAUCGCACAGUGGAGAGAAGCCUCACCACUGCUCUCUUUGUGGGAAGUGUUUCAGUCGAGCAGGAGACCUGAAGACUCAUCAGAAAUCGCACAGUGGAGAGAAGUCUGCCAGUACUUUCAAUGUGAUUGUCAAAGAGGAGGAGGAUGAAAAGGAAAUCGAUGAGACGGUAAAGAGAGAAGUUAAGGAAGAGCAGGAACCUAGUGGUGUAGUUGACCCAGAUACAUCAAGACUAUCUGGUCGUGGUCGAUUCCCCUGUCAUCAGUGUGGGAAGAGUUUCCGUUCCUCAGGUAAACUAAAGAAUCAUCAAAGAGUACACACUCGAGAGAAACCAUUUCACUGUGCCACAUGUGGGAAGAGUUUCCGUGAAAAAUUCAACCUCACGAGACAUGAGAAGGUACAUAGUGGGGAGAAGCCGUAUCACUGCACCCAGUGUGGGAAAAGCUUCAAUCGUUCUGGAAGUCUUAAGGAACAUCAAAGAGUACAUACAGGGGAGAAGCCUUACCACUGCUCUCUUUGUCAGAAGAGUUUUAGUCAGCCAGGAAACCUUAAGAAACAUCAGAGAAUACAUACAGGGGAGAAGCCUUACCGUUGCUCUCUGUGUGGAAAUAGUUUUUGUUUUGCUGGAAACCUAAAGAAUCAUCAGAGAUCACACUGUGGAGAGAAGCCUUACCGCUGCUCUCAGUGUGGGGAGGGAUUCCCUCAAUUAAAAAGUCUUAAAAGCCAUCAGAAAAUGCAUAUUGGAGAGUCGUCUCCCUCAACUUUCAAUGUGAUUGUCAAAGAGGAGGAUCGUGACUGUACUUUCAAUGUGAUUGUCAAAGAAGAGGAUGAUGGGAAGAAAAUUGAUGAGAAGAAAGUGAGAGAAGCUGAAGAGGACAACAACAACAGUGGUUUAGUUGACCCAGAUGCAUCUAGAUUGCCUGAUCGGGGUCGUUACCCCUGUCCUCAAUGUGGAAAGAUUUUCAGUUCCUCAAGUAAUCUUAAGAAUCAUCAAAGAGUACACACUGGAGAGAAACCUUUCCUCUGCUCCCAAUGUGGGAGGAGUUUCAGUGAGAAAGUAAACCUUAAGAGACACGAAAGAGUGCAUAGUGGAGAGAAGCCUUACCACUGCACCACAUGUGGGAAGAGCUUCAAUCAUUCAGGAAGCCUUAGAGAUCAUCAGAGAAUUCAUACAGGGGAGAAACCUUACCACUGCUCACUUUGCGGAAAUAAUUUCCGUUUUGCUGGAGACCUAAAGAAUCAUCAGAGAUCACACAGUGGUGAGAAGCCUUACCAAUGUUCUCGGUGUGGAGAGGGAUUCAGUCAGCUAAGAAGUCUAAGAAGUCAUGAGAGAAUAUCCAUUGGAGGGAAGCCUGCCUGUGCUUUCAAUGUGAUUGUCCAAGAAGAGAAAGAAGUUGAGGGAGUGGAGAGUGAUGUGAAAUAAACGUGAAGUGAGGAUACAUAAGCUACCUAUAGGUAUUGAUAUUCACACCUAUCCUUGCAAUGGUGUCAUGGACUGCACCA